AUGAAAAAUUCAAGGAGGAGGCUGGUCACUUUGGCUAUACUAGCUCUCAUCGUCCUCCUGGCGGUGGGAAUUGUUGCAUUUUCUCGCUCAAAACCUUCGCUCAACCUCAAAAAUGACAACUCUCUCUUCUCUUUGCUUUCGUCUCAGUCGGAAAAAUCUCAAGAAGAGCUUGUGGCGCGUCUUGAAAAGCUCACUAGAAAGCUCACCAGCGAUCAGGACGCCAGACUCCUGCUGUUGGAAAAACAAAACGCCGAGUUGUUGCGACAAAUACGACUUCUCCGAUCACCUCCACCAUCGGCAACGAUCCGGGAAAAAUUGGCACAUCUUUAUCCAUACGACCCCUCGGUGAGGUUCCCGGCGUAUAUUUGGCAGACCUGGAAACAUGGGCUCAAUGACGAAAGAUUUGAUGAAAAGUAUCGUGAGGGAGAAACGCAAUGGGCAAUGAAAAAUCCCGGGUUUGUCCACGAACUUUUCAACGACGAUACCUCCUACGCCGUGGUCAGGCACCACUUUCAGGCAAUUCCAGAAAUUAUCGACGCAUACGAGGCGCUUCCAGAGGUGAUUUUGAGAAUGGAUUUUUUCCGCUAUCUAAUACUUUUUGCCAAGGGAGGUGUUUAUGCCGACAUUGAUACCUAUCCAUUGCAGCCGAUUCCAAAUUGGAUCCCAGAAAACGUGGGGGCAGACGAGAUAGGUAUCAUUGCUGCUAUUGGUUUGGACUCAAACCUGCCCCGUUGGCGUGAAGAAGCAGCCAGAAGACUAGAGUUCAGCCAGGCGAUUAUACAAUGUAAACCGGGCCAUCCAGUUCUUAGAGAAAUCAUCUCCAAUAUUGUCCAGCAUACCCAAGAAAGAAAACGGAAGGAUACUCUCAAAGUCGAAGGAAGCUCGAACCAAAAAGGUUUGGCUAUCAGCCAAUGGACCGGUACAGGCAGAUGGACAGACACCAUCCUUGGUUACUUCAAUGACUACAUUCAAUCGUCUAUUUAUCAUGAAAUCACAUGGAAAGAAUUCCACGACUUGCAAGUUCCCAAACUAGUGAGUGACAUUCUUGUUCUUCCAAUCAAAUCCUUUGCUCUGACAGAAGAGAUACCUAAAGACGGCAAGGUGGAGGAUCCUUUAGCAUUUGCCAAGCACUAUCAAGGAAAGAUUUGGAAAACUACAUAA